UUCUCGCGAGAACAAAGACGCGCGAGCAUCGGCGGCCCGGAACCGGCCUUGGAACAACGGUGGAGCCUGAGGCCGCUUGCCCUCCCGCCCCAUGGAGCGGCCCCCGGGGCUGCGGCCGGGCGCGGGCGGGCCCUGGGAGAUGCGGGAGCGGCUGGGCACCGGCGGCUUCGGGAACGUCUGUCUGUACCAGCAUCGGGAACUUGAUCUCAAAAUAGCAAUUAAGUCUUGUCGCCUAGAGCUAAGUACCAAAAACAGAGAACGAUGGUGCCAUGAAAUCCAGAUUAUGAAGAAGUUGAACCAUGCCAAUGUUGUAAAGGCCUGUGAUGUUCCUGAAGAACUGAAUAUUUUGAUUCAUGAUGUGCCUCUUCUAGCAAUGGAAUACUGUUCUGGAGGAGAUCUCCGAAAGCUGCUCAACAAACCAGAAAAUUGUUGUGGACUUAAAGAAAGCCAGAUACUUUCUUUACUAAGUGAUAUAGGGUCUGGGAUUCGAUAUUUGCAUGAAAACAAAAUUAUACAUCGAGAUCUAAAACCGGAAAACAUAGUUCUUCAGGAUGUUGGUGGAAAGAUAAUACAUAAAAUAAUUGAUCUGGGAUAUGCCAAAGAUGUUGAUCAAGGAAGUCUGUGUACAUCUUUUGUGGGAACACUGCAGUAUCUGGCCCCAGAGCUCUUUGAGAAUAAGCCUUACACAGCCACUGUUGAUUAUUGGAGCUUUGGGACCAUGGUAUUUGAAUGUAUUGCUGGAUAUAGGCCUUUUUUGCAUCAUCUGCAACCAUUUACCUGGCAUGAGAAGAUUAAGAAGAAGGAUCCAAAGUGUAUAUUUGCAUGUGAAGAGAUGUCAGGAGAAGUUCGGUUUAGUAGCCAUUUACCUCAACCAAAUAGCCUUUGUAGUUUAAUAGUAGAACCCAUGGAAAACUGGCUACAGUUGAUGUUGAAUUGGGACCCUCAGCAGAGAGGAGGACCUGUUGACCUUACUUUGAAGCAGCCAAGAUGUUUUGUAUUAAUGGAUCACAUUUUGAAUUUGAAGAUAGUACACAUCCUAAAUAUGACUUCUGCAAAGAUAAUUUCUUUUCUGUUACCACCUGAUGAAAGUCUUCAUUCACUACAGUCUCGUAUUGAGCGUGAAACUGGAAUAAAUACUGGUUCUCAAGAACUUCUUUCAGAGACAGGAAUUUCUCUGGAUCCUCGGAAACCAGCCUCUCAAUGUGUUCUAGAUGGAGUUAGAGGCUGUGAUAGCUAUAUGGUUUAUUUGUUUGAUAAAAGUAAAACUGUAUAUGAAGGGCCAUUUGCUUCCAGAAGUUUAUCUGAUUGUGUAAAUUAUAUUGUACAGGACAGCAAAAUACAGCUUCCAAUUAUACAGCUGCGUAAAGUGUGGGCUGAAGCAGUGCACUAUGUGUCUGGACUAAAAGAAGACUAUAGCAGGCUCUUUCAGGGACAAAGGGCAGCAAUGUUAAGUCUUCUUAGAUAUAAUGCUAACUUAACAAAAAUGAAGAACACUUUGAUCUCAGCAUCACAACAACUGAAAGCUAAAUUGGAGUUUUUUCACAAAAGCAUUCAGCUUGACUUGGAGAGAUACAGUGAGCAGAUGACGUAUGGGAUAUCUUCAGAAAAAAUGCUAAAAGCAUGGAAAGAAAUGGAAGAAAAGGCCAUCCACUAUGCUGAGGUUGGUGUCAUUGGAUACCUGGAGGAUCAGAUUAUGUCUUUGCAUGCUGAAAUCAUGGAGCUACAGAAGAGCCCCUAUGGAAGACGUCAGGGAGACUUGAUGGAAUCUCUGGAACAGCGUGCCAUUGAUCUAUAUAAGCAGUUAAAACACAGACCUUCAGAUCACUCCUACAGUGACAGCACAGAGAUGGUGAAAAUCAUUGUGCACACUGUGCAGAGUCAGGACCGUGUGCUCAAGGAGCUGUUUGGUCAUUUGAGCAAGUUGUUGGGCUGUAAGCAGAAGAUUAUUGAUCUACUCCCUAAGGUGGAAGUGGCCCUCAGUAAUAUCAAAGAAGCUGACAAUACUGUCAUGUUCAUGCAGGGAAAAAGACAGAAAGAAAUAUGGCAUCUCCUUAAAAUUGCCUGUACACAGAGUUCUGCCCGGUCCCUUGUAGGAUCCAGUCUAGAAGGUGCAGUAACCCCUCAGGCAUCAGCAUGGCUGCCCCCGACUUCAGCAGAACAUGAUCAUUCUCUGUCAUGUGUGGUAACUCCUCAAGAUGGGGAGACUUCAGCACAAAUGAUAGCAGAAAAUUUGAACUGCCUUGGCCAUUUAAGCACUAUUAUUCAUGAGGCAAAUGAGGAACAGGGCAGUAGUAUGAUGAAUCUUGAUUGGAGUUGGUUAACAGAAUGAGUUGUCACUUGUUCACUGUCCCCAAACCUAUGGAAGUUGUUGCUGUACGUGUUGGAAAUGUGUUUUUCGCCCAUGAAACCAUUCUUCAGACAUGAGUCAAUGGAAGAAAUGGCUAUGAACAGAAACUACAUUUCCACUACGAUCAGAAGAACAUGAUUUUACAAGUAUAACAUUUUUGAGUAAUUCAAGCCUCUAAACAGACAGGAAUUUAUAAAAAGUCAAUGUAUUUGUUUGAAUAUUUGUUUUAAUACCACAGCUAUUUAGAAGUAUCAUCAUGACACAUUUGCCUUCAGUCUUGGUAAAACAUUACUUAUUUAACUGAUUAAAAAUACCUUCUAUGUAUUAGUGUCAACUUUUAACUUUUGGGCGUAAGGCCAAAUGUAGUUUUGUAUACAGAGAAGAAAACCUCAAGUAAUAGGCAUUUUAAGUAAAAGUUGUCUACCUGUGUUUUUUUCUAAAAAGGCUGCUCACAAGUUCUAUUUCUUGAAGAAUAAAUUCUACCUCCUUGUGUUGCACUGAACAGGUGCUCUUCCUGGCAUCAUAAGGAGUUGGUGUAAUCAUUUUGAAUUCCACUGAAAAUUUAACAGUAUCCCCUUCUCACCGAAGGGAUUGUGUAUCUGUGCUUCUAAUAUUAGUUGGCUUUCAUAAAUCAUGUUGUUAUGUGUAUAUGUAUUUAAGAUGUACAUUUAAUAAUAUCAAAGAGAAGAUGCCUGUUAAUUUAUAAUGUAUUUGAAAAUUACAUGUUUUUUCAUUUGUAAAAAUGAGUCAUUUGUUUAAACAAUCUUUCGUGUCUUGUCACACAAAUUUAUAAAGGUCUGCACUCCUUUAUCUGUAAUUGUAAUUCCAAAAUCCAAAAAGCUCUAAAAACAAGGUUUCCAUAAGCUUGGUGACAAAAUUCAUUUGCUUGCAAUCUAAUCUGAACUGACCUUGAAUCUUUUUAUCCCAUUUAGUGUGAAUAUUCCUUUAUUUUGCUGCUUGAUGAUGAGAGGGAGGGCUGCUGCCACAGACUCUGGUGAGGGCUGGUUAAUGUAGUAUGGUAUAUGCACAAAAUUACUUUUCUAAAAUCUAAAAUUUCAUAAUUCUGAAACAUCUUGCCCCAAGGGUUUCAGAUAAAGGACUGUGGACCUCUAUCAUCUGUUAAGUAAUUUAGAAGAUAUUAUUUGUCUUAAAAAAUGUGAAAUGCUUUUAUAUUCUAACAGUUUUUCACUUUGUGUAUUAAAUGGUUUUUAAAUUA